AUGUCUAACUCGGAGGAUCCUGUCGCUGGUACGGGUGACGUUGAUAUCCAGACGGAUGUCCCUCGUAUGUGUGAUGCCAGUACCCAGACAGAUGCCCGCGAGACAAACCCUGUCUACGAAACGACUGGUCCCGACAAGAGCCUUGUCGUUCCUUCAAUCCCCGCUGCAGCAUGUGCGGUCAAACCCGAGAUCAGCGUCCGAAUCGUUGAUGGGAAGCGCAUUGUCGAUCUUCCAGGCUGUGGAGACGACCGCAAGGGAAGAUACAGGCCCCCCUUUCGCUCAACUCAUAAGGUAAUCGUGGAUACCAUGAGUAACUUUUGGCCUCCUCGCUACAGCAGGCUUAUUCUUCCGACUACCACAAACUUGAACAUCCUGCUCAGAGCAUUGAACUAUCUGCUUCGCCAGAAGUACGACGCGUACCAGCGCCACCGCAGCGAGAACCCCGACUCCCCGCUGGAGAGCUACACCCGCCAAAUGCGAAAGUAUGAGGAACUCGCGGUCGCAGAAGCAGCGAGGGCUGCUUCGAGGAUGAUACGGCCGCGGAGAUCAACCCUGGAAUUGUACUAUGUCGAUCAUGAUGACGAGCACGUCCCCGUGCCCAACGGCGGUAGGCUGAUCUUCAUACGCCGCAGAUCCGACGGCUGGAAUGUCUUUCACGAGCCUGUCGAAAACGUAGCCGUGGAAUGUGUUAAGAAGAACGACAUCUGCCUCUGGGAGUGCGAGGAGGCGUUGGAUGAGAUCUACCAUUGGUGCCGUACUCUCUUCCUUGGCAGUGGUCCCCCGUACUAUCCCUCCGGGAACCCUCUUCUCCUUGAGGCAUUGGUGCCUGACACUCGACUCCACGCAAAUAACACGAACGUGUCGUAA